AGAGAGAGAGAGAGAGAGAGAGAGAGAGAGACGAGCUCUGGCGUCUCCCGGUAGUAAAUCUAUCAGGUCUCGAGCACAAAAACUCACAGGAACAGAAAGAAGAACAGGGAGAAGACGCCUCGCGGAUAUCUGCAUGUUCUCCUGGUUACCUGCAGCAGCUUCACGUGAAGCUUUGGAAUAAAUCCUCCGACUAAGGACGGAUGGUCGCGCGGACAGGCUGCGCGCUCUGAAGUUGGACAGACUACCGAGACACCGACCGCAGCUUUUCCUCCCCCCCCCCCCCACCUCCCCGAACCGGGUGAAGGCAGCAGCGGCACCGUGAGGCUGUGCCUGCGCACCCCAUCAUGAAGCUGCCCUGGCUACUGGCGCUCGCGGCUCUGGUCGCUCACACUGCCACGGGACAGACUUGGUCGCCCCCUCCCGAUGAUGAAGGCUCGGCGAAAGACGACUUCCUCGACGAUGACGAUCUCUACUCAGGCUCCGGCUCUGGCUUUCCUGACAUCAGGCUGAGGCCGACGUCGGCAGGCGUGUCCUUCACCACGGAGGAGACCCUCCUCCUCUCCACCACCCAGGCCACCGGCCCCGCCCCCUCCGCCUUACCUGCCGCUGAGCCCAGCCCCAACCCAGAAAACCCCAUCGCCACCCCGCUGCCCACCGAGGCCGACGGAGAGAGCGGUGCAUUCUGGGAUAGAGAGAGAGAGAUUGAGAAGGAGAGAGAGUUGGAGAGGGAAAGAGAGAAGGAGCAAGAGAGACAGAGGGAUCUGGAGAGGGAGAAAGAAAGGGAGAGACAGCUGGAGAGGGAGCGAGAGAGGGAACGAGAGAGGGAGCGGGUCCGAGAGCUGGAGAGAGAGAAGGACAGGGAGCGAGAGAGGGAGCGUGAGAGAGAGCGAGAGAAAGAGCGAGAGAGGCAGAGAGAACGUGAGCUGGAAAGAGAGAGAGAGCUUGAGCGAAUCAGAGCCGCUGCCGCAGCCCAGACCACCGCCAUCCCCGUGGUGACCACCGAACUGACAACCAGCCCUGCAGAGAGUGCAGCGCCCUCUCUAGGCUCGGAUGACCUGAGCACCACAGAAGAAGAGGAGGACGUCUACCUGUCACCUGAACCCACAGCCUUCUCCCCCGUCUUCGAAAUGGAUACCACCACAGAGGAAGACCCGUCCACCACUGCAGAGACAACCACAGAGGCGACCACAGCUGAACCCACUGCCGCCACAGUCAGGACCAGGGUGUCCUUCAGGCCCAGGGUUCCCAUGACAACAGCAACACAGGCGGAGUCGUCAGAGAGAACGACCCGCCCACAACAGCCCACAUCUACACAGGAGAACAACGAGGCGGGCGCUGCAGGACCCAGUGGAGAUUUUGAGAUCCAUGAUGAUCGUCGUAAUGAUCUGGGUCGAGGUUUGUUGCCAGGGGAACCUGAUCUGAACGGCAACACAGUGGACGGAGGAAGCUCUGCCGCCCAGCUGCCACAGAAGAACAUCCUGGAGAGAAAAGAGGUCUUGAUAGCGGUGAUAGUGGGAGGAGUAGUGGGCGCCUUGUUUGCCGCUUUCCUGGUGAUGCUGCUAGUGUACAGGAUGAAGAAGAAGGACGAGGGCAGCUACACGCUGGAGGAACCCAAACAAGCCACCGUCACCUACCAGAAACCAGACAAGCAGGAGGAGUUUUACGCAUAACAGUCGUACGGCAGAGAGACACACCGCACACCGAGGGAGAGAGAAAGAGCGAGAGAGAGCGAAGAGGGAAAGAUACUAAGCCCCCGUCCUCCUUCUCUUCUUUGUCGCCUCCCCCUCAUCUGCUCGCCUCUCCUCAUCCCUCUCUCAUCUCGUCUCUGAAACACUUGAGAGCGCCUCUCUCUCUCUCUGCGGACUCAGAACUUUCUUUUCAAUGAAAACGAAAAAGAGGACGAAAAAAAAAAGAAAAAAAAAAUCCAAAUAUAUUCUGAAAAAAUAACACACAUACACACAAGAUGUUUUUAAAGUAAAUGUUGUUAUUAAUAUUCUACAGAUUCUCUUGUUCUGUAUGUAACGAUAUGAUUAUUUUGUAAGAAAAACAAACAAAACAAAACACAAGCUCUUAACCUGUGUUUUCCAGCACAAAAAAAAUCUUCCUGCUCGGUUUUUUAUGGAGCAAAUGAAAAGGCUAGAAAGAAAGAGGAGAGGGGCGAGGCGAGCUGAGUGAGACACAAAAGAAAAAAGGAGAGUGAUGGUCUCGACUCUGCCCCUCACCCCCGAAAACACACAGAGCAUCUGGUUGGCUGCACAGAGCCCAGGGUCAAAGGUGAGAGGAAAGGUCUCUUUUGUGCCUUCCAUCCCUCUGGUGCUCAAAGACGUAAACGCACAUACAUACAGCCACAUAAACACACACACACACACACACACACACACACACACACACACACACACACACACACACACACACACACACACACACACACAGAUGUAUAUCUGCUGGAUUGGUGGUUCUGACCUCUCUCUCUGUGUUCGGCCAACCAGAAAACAAUGCUCAAUCCUCGGUGUUUCACUACGCCGAGGAGCCGCUGUGGAAACAUUGGCUGGUCGCAUAGAGGCCGAUCUGCUCCUCUAAGCUGUACAAAGACUAGUUACAGAUAGUAAUAAUAACCAAUAAUAUAUCAAUGUUUUGGGCUGGAUGGUGAAAAAUAAUAAUAAUGAUAAUAAUAAUAAUAAUACCGAAACAGGAGGAUGUGUAUUUAGCAAUUUAAAAAAAGUUUAUAUGUAAAUAUCAGCGUAUCCUUUCUGGCAUCACUAACCAUCUGCAUGAUCAUGAAGAGUUUUUAUUCAUCACAUCCGUCAUCACUUUAGAUGAGCUGUGCUCUCGUCAGCCACACACACAUAUACACACACACACACACACACACACACACACACACAGACACACACACAGACAUAUAACUUGCUGUGCAUUUAAAUACACCACACAGACUUCUUAAGUAUACUUUUCAUCAUAUCAUUGAAACGCAUAUCAAACCCAUCGUCAUUGUGAUCGUCAUCACUUGUGAAACGAGCGAGAUCAGGUGGUUUCAAUAUGUUAUUGAUUAGUUAUCAGUUGCCGGUUGGUUUAAAGUUUGCUCUGUUUGUGUAAAAGCACAACUACAUGUCAAGUCAUCAGCUCAUCUGAUAUUCCCCACCCCCCAUCACCACCACUCCCAGAUGCACCUUUUGCAUGGCUCACUUUCUUUUUCUUCCAUCAAUGGCUCUCUGUUUGGGGAUGGGUGGGGCCUCUGGGAAGCGAGAGGGGCUUUAAUGAGAAACCGAAAGUGUGAUUCUGCACAGGAAGUCGCUCCAUACAUGCACUAAUUCAUUCAAAAUCAUAACUUCUGUCAUUAAAGCUUUGGUUAUGACGAGGAACUGGGAAUAAGUGUCGAUGGGGUGACUUUAACCUGUUGUGAACUCAUUUUGGGAAGGGGAAAACAGGGGGGAAGGGGUUUGGUUUGGGGAAUGUGAGGAGGAGACAGGAGGGCUGUGCUUCUAUCUAAGAGAUUGUAACAAUAACCACACCAGUGCGACUGGGCUAGUAGCUUCUAUUAUACUCAGUACUGUAGAACAAAAAUGCAUGGGAGUCAAAACUAAACUAGUCUGGGUGUGUUUGUAUGCUUGUGUGUGUGUUUUUGUGCGUUUGAAAAGAAGGGGGGUGAGUUAAAGUUGGAAUGUACUGUGGCUAAGUGUGUGUUUACCUUCUCCAGCAGUUCUCACGCUCUUCCACAGACAGGUAACACACCUCCACCACUCCUGUGUGUGUAUGUUGCCUGCCCCCUCGCCAGCGUGUGUGUGUGUGUGUCUUCACCUCAUCUAUACACGCCACCCGUGUGUAUGUGUGUGUGUAUGUAUGUGUGAGUGCUUCACCUUGGUAUUUCACAGCAGACUCUUGUGUACACUGACUAGCCUGUCGACGUGUGUGUGUGUCUGCGAGUGUUCCUGUUCACUGCUGAACGAGGGGCAGCUGGUCCCUCACAGCGGCUUUCACACACACUGACUGUGUCUUUUCACUGUCUGUCUGUCUGUCUGCCUGUCUGUCUCUCUGCCGCAGACGGACAGACAACACGCCACUUUCUCACAGGCAGGAAUGAUCUUAACACGUACUGUCUUUUAUAAAGUGACUGUCAAAGCGUAAACAAAAAGUGAGUGUUUGUACCCAUCUAAGCCUGCGUAGCCAAAUAAGACGUGUGUGUGAGUGAGAAAGAGAGGGUGAAUUUGUACGUGUGAGUGUAGGUAUGCAUGUGUAUGGGUGUAAGUGUGUGUGAAGCCCAACGGAGGCUACACUACUCUAUGUUUGCUGUUCCCAUUCCUGUUUUUAUACAUUUGCAUUUUUUUAAGGCUGAGUUUCUGUCAUUGGCUGAGUGAGCGAGAGGAGGCGGAUCCUCCACUCACCGCCCUGUCACUAAUCUGCCACUCUGUUCCAAAUAAAAAACCUGGUUGGGUAAAUCUG